UUGAUCGAGGAAGACGUGUGGAUAAUUAUUUAUUAAUUUUGGUCGAAUGAAGACGACGAGUGGGGUCAGAGUUGUCUACUGAAUAGUGUACUUUAGAGGAUACUCGAUAGUGGCUUUAAUUAGUUUGGUCUUAUUGGCCGAUUUUCUACUUAAUGGACCACUUUCCAAUCCUAUCAUCAUCAUUGAUCAUUUGAUCCAAAGUAAAUAGCGUUACUCUCUAUACCAUACUCUCGUCGGAUACAACCACCAACAAGAAGAAUCAUCAAAAUGAGUAGUAGCAGCAGUGAAGAAGAAAAAGAACAAGAACUGCAACAGCACUUCACCACUCGUGCCGUUGGCGGCACCGAAUACAGCUGGUGCAAGGCAGUUCCCGGCGGCACCGGAACAACCGUCCUCGGCCUCCUCCUCUCUAAACCACCACACAUUCCCAAACUCCAAACCGUACUCCGCAACCUCCAAAGUAACCAUCCUAUCCUUCGCUCAACAAUCCACUUCGACUCCAACGCCAAUUCCUACCACUUCCGAACUCCCCCAACCUCCAAUAUUCAAAUCCACUGCCUCGAUCUUCAAUCCACCUCCGCAAUCCUCGGCUGCAGUUCCGGCGACGGAGAUACUGACUUCCACCUGAUUCUGGAGCACGAGCUGAACCUGAACAAGUGGCGCGAUCCUAGUGGCGAUGGCUACGGCGUACUGCGCGUGAGUGUGUACGCGAUAAGCGAGAGGCGAUGGGGAGUGUUUUUGCGGUUGCACACGUCGGGAUGCGACCGCGCGGCGGCGGUGACUUUGCUGAGGGAGCUGCUGGGGAAGGUCGGAUGCGGCGGAGAGAGUAAUGGAGAGGCAGAGGAAAAUGGAAUGGGAAUGGCGAUUGAGGAUCUGAUACCGGUAGAGAAGAGGAACAAGCCGUUUUGGGCGCGUGGUUUGGACAUGCUUGGUUACUCACUGAACUCAUUCAGGCUUGGGAAUUUGGAAUUCGUGGAUGCGGACUCGCCUCGGAGCUCCAAGGUUGUGAGGUUGCAAUUGGACGCUCACCACACGAGCCAGAUUGUGGCUGAAUGCAAAUCAAGAGAAAUUAAACUUUGUGGGGCACUUGCAGCAGCUGGAAUGAUUGCCGCCCGGGCCUCCAAAAAGCUACCCAGUUAUCAAAAGGAGAAGUAUGGUGUAGUAACACUCAUUGAUUGCCGCUCUCUUCUUGAUCCAGUCCUUUCCAGCAACCAUCUUGGAUUUUAUCAUUCUGCAAUAUUGAACACACAUGAUGUAUGUGGAGAAACCCUAUGGGAUCUAGCAAAGAGAAGUUACAUGGCCUUUGCAAAUGCCAUGAAUUGCAACAAGCAUUUCUCAGACAUGUCUGACCUGAACUACCUAAUGUGCAAGGCGAUCGAGAACCCUGGUUUGACGCCAUCAUCAUCAAUGAGAACUGCUUUGAUUUCAGUUUUUGAGGACCCUAUCAUUGAUGAAUCAGAUGACAUUCAUAAAGAGAUUGGAUUAGAGGACUAUGUGGGUUGUGCUUCUGCUCAUGGUGUCGGCCCAUCGAUCGCCAUAUUCGACACCAUAAGGAAUGGGAAGUUGGAUUGUGCUUGUGUAUACCCAUCACCCAUUCAUUCUAGGGAGCAGGUGCAAGAACUAGUGGAUCAUAUGAAGAAAAUCCUUGUGGACGCAUGUAACAUUUAAGGUCAAUCAAAUUGAACAAUAAUCGGCUACUGAGCAAAGUUGAAAUCUGAAACAUACCAGAGAAAAGUGGCAGGUGGAGAAUAUUACAAGGCUGAAAUAAAUUUUCAUAUUAUUCAAUCAA